AUGGGCGCCGGAACGUCGACGAAGGAUGGCGGAGUGGAUAUCGAUGUCGUCGCGCCGAAGCGCGUCGUGUCGUACGCGCGCGCGAGCGGCGACGCGGCGACGAAGUGCGAGCGCGUGCUCGAAGACUUGCGCGCGGGCGCGCUGGACGACGCGACGGAGCUGGACGUGUCUAACUGCGGGCUCACCGAACUGCCGGACGCCGUCGGGCGACUGACGCGCCUGGAGUUUCUCAACGCGGGCGGGAACGCGCUGCGAACGUUGCCGGAGAGCAUCGAGAAUUGUCGCAAAUUGAAGCGGGCGUUCUUUCUGGGGAACGCGUUCGAGCGCGUGCCCGAGGUGCUGGGACGGUUGCCAGAGUUGUUUAUGGUUUCGUUCAAAGCGUGCGCGGUGCGAGAAGUGAGCGAGGACGCGCUGGCGCCGAGUCUUGGGUGGUUGAUUUUGAGUGAUAAUCAAAUCGAACGGUUGCCGGCGUCGCUCGGACGGUGCGCGCCGAUGCGAAAGUUGAUGUUAGCGGGGAACAAGUUGCGCGCGUUGCCGGAGAGCAUGCGGGAGUUGAAGAAUUUAGAGUUACUCAGACUGGCGGACAAUCGCUUUGAAACGUUUCCGAGUUGGAUAUUGGAGUCGCCUCGACUGAGUUGGUUCGCCGCCGCCGCGAAUCCCGCGACGGAUACGAUCGGAGAUAAAGCAAAGACACGUGCAAAUUCUGCAGACGUGGUGACGGUGGAUUGGUCCGAGCUCGGCGUGGCCGAGGACGCCGAGCCGCUCGGUAAAGGCGCGUCGGGCGCCGUGUAUGCGGGACGAUGGAACGGCGAGACCGUGGCGGUGAAGGUGUACAACAACGCCGCAAAGACAAGCGACGGGCGCCCGGAAGAUGAGAUGACGGCAUCGGUGCUCGCGGCGACGAUUAAGAGCGAGGGUACGAUCAAGACAAUCGCGCGAUUUCAACGCGGCGAUUCGCGAGGCUUGGUGAUGCAAUAUCUUGACCACGCUUCGUGGAAGGACCUCGGGAAACCUCCGAGCUUUGAUACAGUGGCGAGAGAUACGUACGAUGACGAUGUUCGAUUCACGGCGAAAGAAAUCAUGGCUGUCGCGCGAGACGUUGGUUCGGCGCUUCGAGAGUUGCACGCGAUGGGCGUCGUCCACGGCGACGUCUACGCGCACAACAUUUUGCACGUCAAAGAAUCUCCAGGCAUCGAACCACGCGCAAAACUCGGCGAUUUCGGCGCCGCCUGGUUCUACGAAAGAGAUUCAUCGAACGCACGAACGAUAGAACUCAACGAAGCGCGAGCGUUCGGCGCCGUGUUGGAGGAGGUGUGCGCGAGGCACGACGGCGUCGACGGCGUCCAUCCCAUCGCCGCGCUCGCCGCGCUCGCCGCCGGGCUGCUCGGCGAGCGCGGCAGUCGUUUAUUAUUCGACGACAUCGUUCAGCGCAUCGCCGCCAUUCAACUCGACUAG